GAGAAAAGUAAUACAUAGGAAACAGAUGGCGCCGCGUUUAUUUUUGGACAUUGAUUAAAAUUAAUUUCUGUGAAUUUCAGUAAAUUUGGAUGCAAGUUAUUCGUAAAUGAUGGUGCUAGGCUCUAAACAAAAUGUCCACUGAAAAUUGUCUUGUUAAAGCAAUAUAUUCCUUCAAGGGCAAAAACAAUGACGAGCUAUGUUUCAAGAAAGGUGAUAUUAUUACUGUUACCCAAAGGGAAGAAGGGGGCUGGUGGGAGGGCACUUUAGGUGAAACAACAGGGUGGUUUCCCAGUAAUUAUGUGACGGAGUAUAAAGAUCCAUCUGGCUCAGUGACCACCUCACCGAUUCGAGCAGCUUCUGAAAUACAAGCCUUUAGAAAUGUGGUGCUCAAAGAUAUUAUUGACUCAGAAAAAGCACAUGUUGCAGAGAUGCAAGGGCUUGUUAACAACUUUUUACAGCCUCUUGAAAAAAGUGAGAUGCUCACCAAAGAUGAAUUCAAGCAGUUAACAGGAAACAUCAAUGAAGUUCUUCAAAUCCAUGAGCAGUUUCUUAGUCUAUUGGAAGAAUGUGCUACCAAAACCGGCCCUGAUCAAAGAGUUGGGGGCCUGUUCCUCCAGUGGGCUCCAAGGAUCAAAUCAGUUCAUCAGACUUACUGUGCUGGUCACCCAAAAGCUGUGUGCAUUCUUGAUAAGUAUAAGGAAGAACUAAACACAUGGAUGGAGAAUGCAGGAGCGGUCUGCCCUGGCGUGUUGGUGUUAACUGCUGGCUUAUCCAAGCCAUUCAGGAGGCUUGGCAAGUACCCAGCCAUGCUGCAGGAGUUGGCUAGACAUGUCCAUGAAGCCCACCCAGAUAGAGGGGACACUCAUAGAGCUUCUGUGGUGUAUAAGGACAUAGCUAGCGGCUGCGCAGCAUUACGGCGCCAAAAGGAGUUAGAACUCCAAGUAGUGACCGGUGAAGUGAGAGGAUGGCCCGGCGGCGAACUGGCAGCUUUGGGUGACGUGUUACACAUGGGCAGCGUGGCGGUGGGCCCGUCCCACCAGGAUCGGUACCUCGUGCUCUUCCCAACGGCGUUGCUUCUGCUGUCUGUCAGCAAGAGGGUCUCUGCUUUUGUCUAUGAGGGUUGUCUUCCAUUAACGGGCAUCACAGUGUGCAAGCUAGAUGACACUGAUACUCGAAAAAAUGCAUUUGAAAUUAGUGGGCCAAUGAUUGACACAAUAGUCGCUGUGUGUCAAACCAGAGCAGAAGCUGAUAACUGGGUCAGCUUGCUGCAGAAACAUUCUAACACGAGCAGUCCCACUCAUGAGCCUGGACAACCACACUCCUUACCCCAUAUGGCCAUGAGCGACAGCAAUAACUCUGAUUUAUCAUCCGGGCUGACCAACCACAAAAGAUCACACUCAUUCAACAAUCAUCAAAGCUACACUCAACAUACGCAGCAAUCCCAGAAAAAUAAACAAAAAAAUCAGUCGGCGCGGUGGCUUUUAAGCUCUUGCGACUCUCUCGACCAAUCGCCCGCUAAAACAAACAAGACACCUAUUGGAAAGAAAUUCUCGUCUGUUGAUUUCAUUGACACAUCGAGCUUGAACUACAGCAAUAAAGGGUGGAGUAUAACUUGUUUGAGGCCUGCGCCGCCGUUGAGGCCGCAAUCGUUCACGAUUGGCUCAGACGAGAACAUUGGGCCCACGCACCCUUACGCGCCUCACCAACGCAAAUCCAACUCUUACGAGGAAGAUGCCCUCAUAUUGAAGGUCAUCGAAGCCUACUGCACCUCGGCGCGGUGUCGAAACGCUGUCAGUUCAGUACCCAAUAUACCACUGGAGAUAUUCGAGUCCACAAGGAGGAGGCACGCAAAAUCAAGAAACCGAAUUAUCAGUUGGUUUUUAGAAUGAAAGAUCUGUAUUUGUUUCAACCAAACUUAUCGCUAGUCAUUUAAAGUUAGCGCUUGAAAAUAAUCGUCAUAAAGUUUUUGUUGUCGGUGUAAUUAACGCACCUCACGAGUCACUAUAAUACUCUAGUAUACUCGCAUAUUACUUAUACCUCUCGAUUUAAGCACACAUCUCUAAAUGCAUGAUAAUGCAGCAUGCUUUGGUAAUCUUCCUAUAUAAUCUCUCUAUUUACACUAUUUAUUGGUAGAUCUGAGUAUGUUUUUUUUGGAAAAACAUUAUGUAGAGUAUUAAAUAGUAUCAUUACAGUUAAUAUUAUAAGUACAAAGUAGCUAGUCGAUAUCAGUAUCGUACCAUAUAUAAACGGUACGCGCAUAUUGUAGAUUUUAUAAAUUAUUUUACAUAGAUUCAGUUAUUUACAUUUUAGUGUGUAAAUUUUUAAAAUAUGUUCAGUUUUUAAGUAGUGGUUGUU